AUGUCCGAGGCCAGCGGCAGCCCGGGGCCGUGCAUGGGGGUCCACUUGCGCACCCCGAGCCGGGGCAGCCAACGCAUCGAGUGCAUUAUCUGCUACUCCUCCUAUGACCUGGGCAUGCGGCUGCCGCGCCGGCUCUACUGCGGCCAUACCUUCUGUCAGGCCUGCCUGAAGCGCCUGGAUGCCGUGGCCAACGAGCAGCGCUGGAUCCCCUGCCCGCAGUGCCGCCAAAACACACCCACACCGCGUGGCGGCGUCACCAUGCUCGACCUCGACCUGGCCACCUUCCUUGCUGUCAAGGCUGACAAGGAGCAUCCCCAGGUGCCCGGCCAGUCCCAUCGCAACUUGACCACCAAGGGCUUGUGCAAGGAGAAGGUGGUGACACAGCAGCCAGUGGGGCUGUGCCAAGAUGUGGUGCCUCCAGCGCCGUUCCCCCGGCGUGGCUGCGGUCCGCGCUGCGGCUGCUCCCGGCCAUGCUCGUGCUGCGGGGUGACGGCAGCCUUUGAGAGCUGA